CCCACUCCUUCUUUCCUCCUCGCGCCCAUCUCUCCAUCCGUCCAGACUUCUUUUUUUAAAAUUAUUAUUACCCUCCCUGCAAACAUGGACAUCUUCUCCCCGUCGCAGGUCUACUACGACGCGUGCGCCUCCUCUCCGGACAGCCUGGAGUUUGGCCCCGGCGACGCCGAGCUCGACGGCUCCGAGGAGGACGAGCACGUGAGGAUCCCCGGGGCCCCCCACCAGCCGGGCCACUGCCUCCAGUGGGCCUGCAAGGCCUGCAAGCGCAAGUCCAACUUUGUGGACCGCCGGCGGGCCGCCACCAUGCGCGAGCGCCGGCGGCUGAAGAAGGUCAACCACGCCUUCGAGGCUCUGAGGCGCUGCACCUCGGCCAACCCCAGCCAGCGGCUGCCCAAGGUGGAGAUCCUGCGCAACGCCAUCCACUACAUCGAGAGCCUGCAGGAUCUGCUGCGGGAGCAGGUGGAGAACUACUACGGCCUCCCCGGAGGCAGCGGCUCGGAGCCCGGCAGCCCGCUGUCCAGCUGCUCCGACGGCAUGGCCGACAGCAACAGUCCACUGUGGCAACAUCUGAAUGCAAACUACUGCAACAGUUAUUCAUACGGCAGGAACGAGGGUCCCGGAGACAAGGCCGUGGGAGCCUCCAGUCUGGAGUGCCUCUCCAGCAUCGUGGACCGGCUGUCCUCGGUGGAGAGCAGCAGCUGCGGCCCGCCGCCGGCUCUGAGAAACACGGCCACCUUCACCCCCGGCAGCUCCGACUCGCAGCCGUGCACGCCGGAGAGCCCCGGAUCAUCCAGGCCCGUCUACCACGUCCUGUGAGGGACACGGCGCCGCCGCCGCCGCCGAUAUUUUGCCACGUGGGCCAAAGAGAUAAAAAAGAACACGCCCCGUCUGAAGGAGACUCGGCUCGUAUCUGAGGGACCAAGCAGCUUUUAUAUUGUACAUGAGAUUGUAAAUAAUGUAAAUGGCCAUUUAUUCUAUACAUGCUAUUAUACCCAGUGAGACAUAUUUAAUUAUGACAAGUUAAUGUUGCAUUAUUCCGACAUGAAGUGGUAUUUAAAGCAGUUUUCUCUCUUUCCAUGCUGUCAGGGACAUUAAAUCGUUCACCUUUUUUGUAUAAAAGUUUGAGCUUUUUUGUUUUUUUCUUCCUCUUCUGUUCCUUUGUGACCAUGUGCUCAAAUAUUUAUCACCACGUGUAAUAAGAUAAAAUUAUAGUGGAGGAAUAUGGUCCGAGUUCUUACUUCUAAUAAAUUUGAAGAACAGC